AUGUGGUGCUGCGCAUCCGCAUAUCUUUCUUAUUUUUUUGCAGAUUGCAUGAUGUCUCGAUGGCUUUUGAAUUAUACCCCACCGGCUGUUGUCAUUCGUCUUCUUACAACAAACGGGCUGAUCGCUUACAUUACUUCUUGGGUUCUUUACCUCUCCGGUGCAUCGUCAGAUCCACGUCUUCUUCUACCGGCAUGGAUAUCGAUUACAACAACCCUUACCUUCCUCUACCACGCUACUCAAAACCACGCAACAAUCAAGCGUGAGACAACCGCAUCGUUGUUGGUGGUAUCAGUUGCCAGCUUCGUCAGUAUGUCCUCACUUCUUCUGCAGCUACACUUGACCCGCGAAAACGAGCCAGAGGUACCCUUGUUCGUGAUCACGCGGAAGUUGUGGGACUGGGCUGUUGCGAUAUUCCUUCGUAUGCGAGUUGCGGAUGCAAGGGCUGGAGCUAGGGAGCUGUAA